UUAGCGGAGCACAAUGAGUUGUCGGAGGGCAGCGGCGCGGCGCGCCGGCGGGCCCGGGCGCGCGGGCCCGGAGCAGCCUCCCCGCGGCCGGGGGCAGAGCGGCUCCGCGCGCCCCCCCCGCGCGCUGUAGCUCCCGGUACCCGAGCUCGCGCACCGCGCGCGGCAGCGGCCGGAGCCGGCGACCCGAGCCAGCGGCCCCGCGCGCCGCCAGACGCCCGACACCGCGGGUAAUCGGAAGAGAAAGAAAAAAGGAAAAAGAGAGACAGAAAAAGGAAAGAGAAAGAGACAGAAAAAAGAAGAAAACACAGAAACUCAUCGUGGUUCUUGACUGUUUUUUAUAUAUUGUCGUUGUUAUUGUUGUUGUUAUUACUAUUAUUUACCCAUAUUGGAGGAUAGGAGAAGUCUAUAAGUGGGUUGCAAAAAAAAAAAAAAAAAGGAAUCUUCUUCACUCUAAAUCACUUUCUUUGCUGGACUGGGAUAUUAAAUAUACGACACAUCCAGGAGUUUAUUGGAGCGCAGACUGAUGGCGCAAAGGUACGAUGAGCUGCCCCACUACGGCGGGAUGGACGGAGUAGGGGUGCCGGCGUCCAUGUACGGGGACCCCCACGCCCCCCGGCCGAUCCCCCCGGUGCACCACCUCAACCAUGGGCCGCCGCUCCACGCCGGACAGCACUACGGCGCCCACGCCCCGCACCCCAAUGUCAUGCCGGCCAGCAUGGGCUCCGCUGUCAACGACGCUCUGAAGCGGGACAAGGAUGCGAUCUACGGGCACCCGUUGUUCCCCCUCUUAGCUCUGGUCUUUGAGAAGUGCGAGCUGGCGACCUGCACACCCCGGGAGCCCGGCGUGGCCGGCGGGGACGUCUGCUCCUCCGACUCCUUCAACGAGGACAUCGCCGUCUUCGCUAAACAGGUCCGCGCCGAGAAACCACUUUUUUCUUCAAAUCCAGAGUUGGACAAUUUGAUGAUCCAAGCAAUACAAGUACUAAGGUUUCAUCUUUUGGAAUUAGAAAAGGUUCAUGAAUUGUGUGAUAAUUUCUGCCAUCGGUACAUUAGUUGUUUGAAAGGAAAAAUGCCAAUAGACCUCGUUAUUGAUGAAAGGGAUGGCAGCUCCAAAUCAGACCAUGAAGAACUCUCAGGAUCUUCCACAAAUUUAGCUGAUCAUAAUCCUUCAUCUUGGAGAGACCACGAUGAUGCAACCUCAACGCACUCGGCAGGCACACCAGGGCCCUCCAGCGGGGGCCACGCUUCCCAGAGUGGAGACAACAGCAGCGAGCAAGGUGAUGGUUUAGACAACAGUGUAGCCUCACCUGGUACAGGAGAUGACGAUGACCCAGACAAGGACAAAAAGCGUCAGAAGAAAAGAGGCAUUUUCCCCAAAGUAGCAACAAAUAUCAUGAGAGCGUGGCUUUUCCAGCAUCUCACACAUCCAUAUCCUUCAGAGGAGCAGAAGAAACAGUUAGCCCAAGACACGGGACUUACAAUUCUACAAGUAAACAACUGGUUUAUUAAUGCCAGAAGAAGAAUAGUACAGCCUAUGAUUGACCAGUCAAAUCGAGCAGGCAAGUUCCAAGUAGUAUCUGUAUUCAAGUCCCACAGGCGCAAAUCCUCAUCAAGUUAUUCUUCAGGAGUCCCAUCACCUGGUUUUCUUCUUGAUCCUUCAGUGAGCCAAGGAGCAGCAUAUAGUCCAGAGGGUCAGCCGAUGGGAAGCUUUGUGUUGGAUGGUCAGCAGCACAUGGGAAUCCGGCCUGCAGGUUUGCAAGGCAUGCCAGGGGACUACGUAUCUCAGGGUGGUCCUAUGGGUAUGAGUAUGGCACAGCCAAGUUACACUCCUCCCCAGAUGACCCCACACCCAACUCAAUUAAGACAUGGACACCCAAUCCAUUCAUAUUUGCCAAGUCACCCCCACCACCCAGCCAUGAUGAUGCACGGAGGACCCCCUACCCACCCUGGAAUGACCAUGUCAGCACAGAGCCCCACAAUGUUAAAUUCUGUAGACCCCAGUGUUGGUGGACAGGUUAUGGACAUUCAUGCCCAAUAGAAUAAGGGAACUCAAGGGAAAAACAAAACAAAAACAAACAGAAACUAUUUUAAGACUUUUGAACUUUGACCAGAUGUUGACACUUAAUACGAAAUUCCAGACAGCUGUGAUUAUUUUUUACUUUUUGUCAUUUUUCAUCAACAACAGAGGACCAAUGAAACAAGAACACAAAUGUGAAAUCAUGGGCUCACUGAAAUGAAUAUGUCCAUGUACAGAUCCUCUGGAAAAAAAAAGACUCCAAGAGUUAUAACUACUGUAGUAUAAACAUAGGAACUAAGUUAACUUGUACAUUUCUGUUGAUCACUCCGUUACGUUGCCUCAAAUAGUUUUAGAAGAAAAAAAAAAUCCUUGUUUUCCACACUAUGUGUGUUGUUCCCAAAAGAAUGACUGUUUUGGUUCAGCAGUGAAGUCACUAUCCAUGAAAGACCUGUUUUGGCCAGUGAGAAAAGAACUACCCUGGAGAUGAAGAUGAAAAGUCUUGCUGGGUCUCUCAUCACUCAGAAGACUGUUCCAAGAAGGCCUUGCCAUUCCCUCGUUUUGUUCCUUCAUAAAAUGUGUCCUUUAGUUUCAAACAGAUCUUUAUAGUUUGUGCUUCAUUAAGUCUCUCCCCAUUCCUCCCAAUCUAUUUUUUUUUUUUUUUGGACUCUUCUUCAAAGAGCUUGCAGGUGAAGAUUUAAAAGACAGAACAGACAGAGCAGAAGCUUCUUCCAGCAGUUCUGAGCCUUGGCUUUGGACAAAACAAAACUAAAAGUUGGGCAGCUUUCCUCAAUGAAAGAAGUUACUAACGGUCUUUGCACCAAACCUAGGACUUUAUCAUGAACUCAAAGCUUGGGAAAAAAAAAGCAAGAGAAUACUGUAACAAACUUCGUACAGAGUUCGGUCUAUUAAUUGUUUCAUGUUAGAUAUUCUAUGUGUUUACCUCAAUUGAAAAAAAAAAAGAAUGUUUUUGCUAGUAUCAGAUCUGCUGUGGAAUUGGUAUUGUAUGUCCAUGAAUUCUUCCUUUCUCAGCACGUGUUCCUCACUAGAAGAAAAUGCUGUUACCUUUAAGCUUUGUCAAAAUUUACAUUAAAAUACUUGUAUGAGGACUGUGACGUUAUGUUUUAAAAAGGAAAAAAAAGGUGUUAAGUCACAAAAUGCGGUAAUAAAUAUUUCAUUUUUGA